AUGGGAAUUCUCACGAGCUAUGCGCCACUGCAAGACAUCUCCAACCGGAUCGCCAUACCAUCGAUCAUCUUCGCCAUACUCACGCCUCUUUUCGUCCUCGCCAGAUGCGUCUGCGGCAGAAUCCAAACCGGCAGACUCUGGACCGAUGACUACCUUCUCAUCGCUGCUGCCACCCUGGCCUUCCCCGGAACCGUCCUCAUGAUCAGAGGAUGUUCGUGGGGCCUGGGAAAGCACGAGCACGACCUCCACACAUACCCACCAGAGAAACUGCCUUUCGGCGACGGCGAGAUCUUGAUCGAAAAGACGCUGCAGAUCUACUUCGCCGACCAGAUCAUCUACCAGAUGUGUAUGGGUCUCUUCAAAAUCGCCGUCCUGGUCUGGUACAUCCGCAUUUUCAACACCGACAACAAGAAACGAUUCAGAAUGAUCUGCCGGUGUCUUGUGGGAGCCAUUGCGGUCUUCACGUUCGCUUCGAUCUUCGCCUCCAUCUUUCAAUGCGAUCCUAUUGCGUCCGCGUGGCAGUCUAUUCCCGCGAAGUGCUUCGAUAUCGAUGCGUACUGGAAGGCUCGGGCGAACUUCAAUAUCAUCACAUACUUCAUUGUGACUGUAUUACCGAUGCCGUCGAUCUUUGGGAUUCCGCCGUACAUCGACGGGCUUCAGAUGGGGAGAGCACGUAUGGCAGCGCUUUGUGGGCUUUUUGGAAUUGGGAUCUUCGUCUGCAUUACGGCGAUUUUUCGUAUGCAAUUCAUCGUGCCCGCCGCCCUGAUGCGCGAUCGAACUUGGUAUUCGAUCGAACUCAUCAUGUGGUCGAUCGUCGAGAACAACUUGGGCAUCAUUUGUGCUUGUCUCCCGGCGAUGGCGCGGCAGACGCAAUCGGUUUUGAGGAAGAUGUGCUGCUACAGCAAGGCCGGUCGGGGGAGGGACAGUGUUGCCGGUUUGUUGCCUUAUCGGGCACCGAACGAGAAGACUCGUGAUAUGAUGAGUCGUUCUACAACGGAUUCAUCUAGCGACUGGGCAGCAUUGGAGGUUUAA